CGAACAAAAGAAGCCCAGCCCCGACGCCUCUUCCUCUUGAGAAACCGGUGAAGCUUGAUGAUUUUUGCCUUCUUUUCUUGUUCAAGAACAAGAUUUGAGCUUAGAAACCUUCGCCCCUGUUGGAAUUUCUGGAUCUGCUCUGCUCCUUCCUUCCUCACCGUCGGCUGCUCUUGAUUGUGGGUGAUUUCUGGGCAUUUUUUCGUUCCCGUGAGUCCCCUGCAGAUUGCCGCCGGCCUCUUUCCCCUGCCAUGUCCAGUUCUGCAGCUGGAAAAUUCUGGUUCCCGAUCGUUCUGUCAAUUAGCACUGAGAUCGAGUUUUCCAAUUUUAUGCGAUUUGAGUGGGAUUAUACACUAGUAAAUCGUGUGCCUGUCAAUGGGAGGUUUAUAACACUGGCCGUGACCUAUAGAGGAGACGUCUAUUUCGUUCCCGUACUUGGAAGAUGGGCAAACCCUCUACUUUGUAAGAGAUUCAAGGCUAUUUUAGCAAAUGUUGAGUGUUUUCUAGAUGCGUUUUAGGAGCUGGAUAACUUGGUAAUUUCACUGCUCAUUAUCUUUCUGAAAGUCUUAUAGUGAAGUUUCACUUUUUCCAUUGGAACUUCAUGGUCUUUUCAUGUGGCUCAUUUUUCUAUAUUGGUUAAUCAAAAACAGUGAUCAAUUUAAUUGAAAUUGCCAUGUUUUUGUGAAGAUUGGCAAGCUAUCAUAAAGUUAAAGUCUCUAUUGUUGCCAGUCUCUACAUUCUUGAUACCUGAAAAUUGCUUGAAACUCUUGAAAUCCGUCUUGAAUCUUUCUUGAGAUUGCUUUGUACUUGUUCUUGAAACUGAAAUCCAAAGGAAAUGGAUAAUGAUUAUUGAAAUCCUCAUUAUCUUGAUACUUGUCUGAAAUUAAUUCUUGCAUUGUUUUUGGAAUCUUAUCUCGAACCUUGUUUGGAGUAAAGUCAUGUUAGCAUCCUUUUCUUGAAAAUCCAUUGAUAUUUGGUUUUUGGAAUCUACUUUGAAUUGUCCUUGAAAACCAUUCUUGUCUGGACCCUGCUCUUGUUCGAAUUCUGUAUACUGCUCUUGCUCAAAUCUUGCAUAUUCUGCUAGUUCUUGUUUUAGUAUACCUGUUGAUCUUCUUGAUUUUUGUUCAUAUGGACACCUCUUUAGGAGGGGUGAUGAUUAUUAGAAAACACCUAUAUGAGGCAUCCUAAUUCUUGUCUCUUGCAAGUGUUAAUCUCUGUAUUCUUGACGUCUUAGUGUUGACUUGACUCUAGGAUGUCUAGGAUGACUUGAUUGUAAAUCUGCUUAACCUCCAUGGGCUACGAGGUGAAGAGGUAGUCUUUGAAGUACCUGAUGCCCUAAAGUUUUGUUCCCAGAGAAAUGGUUCUUUUAUCUGGCUGCUUUGAUUUUGUUUGCCCUUUUAACUAGAAGACAUGAAUCUUUUAAGCAUCUUGAUCCCAGCCAUUGCUUUGUUUUGUUAAUUAAUUUGUGUUACUUGG